AAUAAAAAUUUGUAUUUUGUGCUAGAAAAGCAUAGUUUUUGCAACAAAACAAAUCAGAAGAAUGCUGUAAAAAUGUCAUAGUAUCUUGUCAUGGUUUGAGUAUCAACAUGCCAAAAAAUUGAUUGACUGCAUGAGCUUUUGUAAUUUUUUUUCUAUAAAUUUAAAAUACCUUUUUUUGUGUAUUUUUGUGUAUUUUUGCUACUUUUUAGGAAAUUAGUAAUAAAAGGAGAAAAAUCAAAGAGAAAGGGAAUAGUUUAGUUUAAGAUAAAGUAAAAAUAAUGUUUUUUAACACUAGGAAGAAAGAAGAAAAGUUUACUGCAGUUGAUAUUUGAAGUGGCAGUUACAAAUGCAGUAGAUCUCUGAAGUGGCAGUUGCAAAUCAGUAGAUAAUGCAUAAUGCGGUGAUAGACUAAUGGUAGAGUGCUCGGCUUUUAAUCCAGAAAUUCUAUACUUCUGGAAAUACCAUACUCAACUUGUUUUUACACCUUGUUUGUAUUUUGGAGUUUAAGUUUGAAGGAGAUUUGCAAAUAAAAUGAAACUAAAAAAAAUUAAUCACUAAAGUAGUGACAGUACCUCCCCCUCUAGAGUAAGUGACUGUACCUAACCUUCUGGACCUUUAGGGAAGUGACUUUUAAAAAAGGUGGAUUUUCAGAAAUGAAUUCCUAACAUGCAAUGUCAUACACCCUCCACUACACUGAAAAUAUCUUUUUCAGAUGAAAUUUAGGUAAUAGUAUGGUGAUACCCAAGGUUUCUUUUCAAGCAGAGUAUUAUUGGCUGAGAGUUGCUCUCAAUUAGUUCUUUUAAUUGGCCAAGAUCCAGCUCCAGAGAAUGUUUAAAUUUGAAAUUGGACAUCCUCUAGAGGAUUGAAACUUGGAUCUGAAAAUUCUAACAGCAAAUAUAGAUGCAAUAUACUAAAAGAAUGGAGAGCAAUAAUGAAUGCAAUAAUGAUGACGUUCCAAUAAAUUUUUCAAAUAUAUCUACAAAAAAGCUGGUGCUUGUUGAAUACCCAGGUUACAUAAAAAGUGUCGAUAAAAUGUUAACAACACUGGGCGGCGAAAAUCUUAUAAGUGAGGUUUUUUAUAAGAAAAAAUGUCGUCUGCAAAUGACUUAUCGACCAGAAGAUUUAAAUGCCCAUUUUAUAUGUGCUGAUUUAGUUCCUUGCUGUGGUGUACUAAUUAAGGUGAGGCGUCGACUAAAGAAAGAUGGGAAUGGGAUGGAAUAUAAUCAAGAAAUAUGCGGAAUUGUAAAGCAGUCAUACAAAUUUCAAACUUUAAUGGACUAUCAAUACCUUACCCAGAAAUCAAUGUGGGAUUACUUCAAAACAAUACAUGGUAGUGAGUUAAACUUGAAAAACUUUCCACCACAUCUGACUCCGCCUAUUUUUGGACGCAUUGAUACAUGUGGUAGCUAUAAUUACAGACCUGAUCCUGUUGUAGCUCCCACUUUUUCAAAUAAAGAGUUAGCAAGUGAGAAUGUUGCAGCUAAACAUUCAACUGGAUUUGUGCGUAAAAAGAGAUAUACAGAAUCUCAAGCUGCACUUUUUGAUGCUGAAAGUGUUAUUACGCAUCCCUCUGCUAAAGCUAUUGAAAAUCUCAAUGUUUUAAAAAAUGGUCCUGAUGCAGAAGCUGCUAGGAUUAUCGAAGAGCUCUUUGCUCAACGACCUUUAUGGUCUAAAGCAGCUUUGAAGUGCCAUGUUCAAACUGGUAAUGAACGAGUUAAGAAAAUCCUAUCUUGUUUUAGUUAUUAUUGGUUAAAUGGACCUUGGAGGACACUAUGGUGUCGAAUGGGGUAUGAUCCGAGAAAAGAUCCUAAAGCAAAAAUUUAUCAGCUUCUUGAAGUUCGUAUACGUAACUCGAAAGAUUCCAACAGUAACUUUGCUCAAUUAGUGCCAAGACGUAGUAAUAUGAAUUAUACUCCACGAAAUUUGCAGACUCGUGUUUCAAUGCAUAGUAGCUCUGUAAUUAAUCCAAUUGAAAGUAACUGUGACAAUACAUAUCAGGAUUUGUUUCCAUACAUUUUUAGUACAACUAAGCCAAUAUAUACACGAUAUAUGAUGUAUCAGCUCUGUGAUUUGCAUGAACCACGAGCUCAGGAAUUAAUACAUAGUAAUGAUGGUAAAGAAACUGUUUGCACAGAGAAAGAUGGAUGGUUUGAACCUGGCGUUUUAAAUAAAAUUCGUUCACUUAUAGUUGAAGCAGCAUAUGACUAUUUUAAGAGGCAAGAAGUCGCUAACCCAAAUACUAAUUUAAUUAAAGACGAAGAAACUGAUGAGUGUUCAUUUGUUGGAGAUAAGAGUUACAACAGAAUGAAUAAAGAUAAUAUCGAUAAUGUUAGCUUUCUUCAGAUACUAAAUGAUGUCGGAGUUGAUAAUGAUUAAUUUUAAUAGUUUUUUAAAUUAAAAACAUACUAAAAAAUUUUUUUUCAUUAUUUAUAUAAUUGAAUAACUUAAAGUUUAUAAAGAAAAAAUUGAAUAAAGAAAAUGUGGCAAGUUGUUUUAAAAUACAUUUUGUAUAUACACUAAUGCUGUUUUAGUUUAAGUCAUUUUUUGAAUUUUUUUUUUCUAGAGAAUUUGUUUGUGGACUAAUAUAAAGUUUUUG